GACGACCGCCGCUCCUUCCAUCAUGGCCGCCCGGCUGCCGGCCGGCCCGGGGCGGCGGGGAGGCGAGUUGGAGGCCCUGUUCCUGCUUCUCCUGUGGUUCGCAGCCGUGGACGGAGCGGCGAGCCCGGAGCCGCCGCCCAAGUGCGAGGAGCUGCGGCUGGGGCAAUAUAUGUGUGAUGAGCCUAAAAUAGAUAAUAGCACGCAGGAACCAAUGAAUUGCACAAAUCACACCGCAUAUGUUCAGUGCCUGCCAGCACCAAAUAUUACUUGCAGAGAUUACCUUGGCAUAGAAAAAGUCUUUACUGGACAGGAGGUUGGAUUUUACAAGCCUAUUGCAUGUCGUAACGUUAAUGGAUACUCUUACAAAGUGGCAGUGGCUCUGUCCUUAUUUCUUGGAUGGUUGGGAGCAGAUAGAUUUUAUCUAGGCUAUCCUGCCUUAGGUUUGUUAAAGUUCUGCACUGUAGGAUUUUGUGGAAUUGGUAGCUUAAUUGAUUUCAUACUUAUUUCAAUGCAGAUUGUUGGACCUUCUGAUGGCUCUAGUUACAUUAUAGAUUAUUACGGAGCGAGGCUCACACGGCUCACUAUUACCAACACAACGUUCAGGAAAAUGCAGACCUACCCUUAACCCUGGCAAAUUUUCUUCAAAGUUCCUUGGAUUUACUGUGGGGAAAAACAUAGCAGGAACAUGUAAGAGGAGAUCACUGACUGCAAAGAACGGAGCGUUCACCUUGAGCCCGAAGAGACUGCCCGACAUAUGGAUUGUGUUGGCAGAGGCAGGAGCCUGGGGAAUGCAGAGGUGGGGGGUAAUUUUUAGGGCUUUCGUUCCAUGGUCCCAUUGAUUAUAACCCUAUUAAGAGGAUGAUGCAUGCGACUUUUAAGUUAUUUUGUUAACUAAGUGUAAGCAAUGGAUGUGUCAUGCUAACAAACAUAAUUGCUGGUGUGUCUAAUACAGUAUGAAAGUACAGUAUAGUGAAUUUAAAAGGUUGUGGUAAUCUAAGAAUGUUAAAAGGGAAAUGUGUGCCUGGGGGGCGUGGGGGCUGGGGAGAAAAACGGCUUACUUGACAUUCACUGUCUUCCUCCCAGCUCCUUCACUAAAGUAGGAACAGAAUCGGAACAAAAAAAUGUUUGUUUUACAGCUGUACCAAGUUACGGCGUGGACUCGUGCUCCCCCCUCCUCUCCCACUUGCAUCAAGUACAUCCUGUACUUUUGGCAACAUGUUGACUGGAUAUUUAAAAGCUGUGAACUGUUCUGAAAGUUUCACAUACUGGGUUAUGGGCCAUGUGUGUUUGAUCAAAAUUCAAUUACUGCACUGUACCAUGCUUGGAAACCUAUCAUCCCAAGUUAUGAAGUAUGACGAAAUAGGCUAAUCUAAUUGGUUCAGUAUGGGAGCAGUAUCAACCAAGCUUGUUAUGAUAAAUAGCUUCCUGUGUUAAAGGUUCUCUAGAGCUUAAGUAUCUUGGCUCACCUCCCUCUACAAAAUAAGAAUAGUGUUCCCUGGGAACAGUUACAUCACUGUCCCUCUUCUACAUUCACAAUUAAAGGUUUGUGGAUUUUUUUUUUCCAUCUUGCUGUUCCUUGAAUAGAUAAACUGCGGCCAUCUACCCCGUUCCCCACUUCCAUCUCCUUCUCCUUCCCUCAGGUUAGGUCACUCUGUGCUUGCUGUGAGUCUACGUGUCCGGUUGCAGAGGUAGCGAGCUUGGCUAGAAUGCCACAUCCCUCCUUGGGCCUGGGGUUCCUUUGCUGGGGUGUCAGUACAUGUGACAUGCACAUUAAUAUGAAGGCCUGGAAUUUUGAUGUCAAAUUAAAGGUGGAAACACUUCAAUCUUUCUAAGCAUCUAAUAAAAGAACUUUGUUUAGUGAA